AUGGCACCACGAGGUCCCAAUUUUACAAUAGAAGAAGAUACAAUGAUAUGUAGAAUCCAUUUAGCCAUAUCUCAAGAUUCUGCUACCGGAACCGAUCAACCAGAAAGAGUAUUAUGGAGUCGGAUCAAAGAUAAGUUGGAAGAAGCCCUGCCUUGUAAACCAAAACGUACUUGGACUUCUAUCCAGAGUCGAUUUCAGGGAAUCAGUAGACAGGUUUCACUUUAUUCUGCAAAAGUGUUGGAAGUUGAUGGUGAAUAUCAUAGCGGAUGGAAUGAAGUCUCGAGGGUUGAAGAGAUAAGAAAGCGAUUCAAAGAAAGUAAUGGUAACAAAAAAUUUAAGCACGAAGAGUGCUACGAAAUUCUAAAAGAUAGUAUCAAAUAUUCAGGACGGUCGACGUUUGUGUUUGAUUCAGGCCAAGAAAUGGAAGAUUCUCAGAGUGGUGAGGAAAACGCUGAUAUUGAGGAAACAAUUCCAGGCGAGUCCAGUGAUGAUCUAGAUAUUGGAGAUAUAGAGAACACACGUAAGCGUCAGUUGGGGAAGAAAGCAGCGAAACAACUAAAGAAAACAGGGAGAGCAAAAUCCAAUGCCCAGGAGGAAAUGCUAGAGGAUAUAAUUAAGGAGCAGCAAAGUUUCAAUGAACAUUACAAAGCACAAUCACUAAUGAAGAUGGGACAGAGACAAGCUGAGUUUGAAGCAAUACAAGCUAAGUCUGCGGCAAAGUUUGCGGCGAAACAAGCUAGGCAAGAAAAACUCGAUUUAAAGAAAGAAGCGGACGAUGACUUGGCCAUAAUGUUGAAGGAUGUCUCUACAUUGGACACUGUAACAAGAGAGUACUUCGAACUUCGAAAGAUGGAAAUACUACAACGCAAAAGAAACCAAUCUUAA